CGAGAAGAUAUACAUAUCAUGGACAGAUAGAAUACCGCGUGGCUAAUCCUGAGAUUUUAUUUAUCGUCACUCACAUACCAUAGGAAACCCCAGAUUAGGGGCCAAGAUGGAUUUCUCACCCCAAGCCCAUGUGACAGAGCGAUCUCCCCUCUCCCGACGAAUAGCUGUUACAAUACUUAUCUACCUCGUCGACCUGUUUUUCAACCUAAUCGCCGGGCACUAUGCCGCCCUUACCGGCGCGAGGAUCAACUCCUGGUCCCGCUCUAGCAGUACCGCUCAAACCCCGUACGAUGGCGCGGAAGUAGCCAUCCUCGGCGGCCGAGCGGGGCUUUUCAAAUCUGGUAUCCUCGCCGUCUGGCAUUUUGGCACCGCAUACGGCGGUGUGAACAUGCCCAUAGCGGUUUUAUUUGCGAUGGCGAGUAGUAGAUUCGGGGUCGCGGUUCUAGUGACGUGUUUUGUUUCUACGAUGGUGCUGGGGACAGUAAACGAUAGCCUCAUCAAACCCGCCCUCGUAGCCUCCCUCUUCCUCGGCUCCGAAACCUCUCCCGCCACCGCCGCAACGAGUAUAAGCCCAACCUCUCCACUCUGGGAUGCUUUCUCCGGCUACCUAUUUGCCCGUAUGGCGCGGCGAGAAGGCUUCGAAAUAUGCUCCAACAAAGCCGGCUUUGCCGCUGGCCUAGUCUACGGAAUAUUCACAACCAUAAGCCGCGUGAUCAUCGUGUUUGCCCGCGGCCCUACAGUCUCAGAUUCUCGUACCUCGAUGAUGGGCUCGACAACGAGGGUGCGGAAUAACUUCGAGAGCUAUACCGUCGUCGAUCCCGGGGAUAGGAGGACAGAGGGGGUAUUUACGAAUACCUGGACGUUUUUGGGACAGACUCGUAGUAAUAGUUAUGGGUCGAGUUAUUCGGUUGGGAGUGUGAGUGGAACGGGGCUGUUUAUUGGGAAUCAGAGAGUGGGUUGAGGGGAUGCGCUGAAAAGUUUCUGCUGAUUAUUGCUAUAUGAUUACGAAACAAACACAGUCUAUAUUGUUUGAAUUUUGAACGUAAGUAGGUAUCGGGUUGGUUUGACUACCCUAUUCUACAAAAAGUGACCCUAUUUGCACCAUGUCCGACAAGGAAUGCUCUAGCAAAUAAAUAGGUUCUAUGCUACGGCAGCAUCCUCAACUAUAUAAAAAAUAUAUGAGGACUAGAUAGCUGGUUAGUAAUCCCA